AUGUUAAAAAUUCGUCUCUAUGAAUUAUAUGAUUAUGUUACUCUAUUUCUUAUUGCUGAAAGUAACCAAACAUUAAGUGGAAAAUCAAAACCAUUAUACUUGAAAGAAAAUUGGUCACGUUUUGCUCGGUAUCACAAUAAAAUGCGUCGUGUUGAAGUCAAUCUUAUCACUUCAAUCAAUAAGGCAAAAAAUUCUUGGAAUAACGAACAAAGAAUGAGAGAUGAAGGAAUUCGAUUAGCUUUACCAAAUUCAACAAAAGAUUUUUUAUUACUUACAUCAGAUGUAGAUGAAAUACCUAAAUCUCGUUUUGUUCGAGCUCUUGCUUCAUGUCAACUUCCUUUACCAUUUCAAUCACUUUUAUUACAAUGUGAUUUUUAUUAUUAUUCAUUUGAAUUUCGUCAUGCUACUCGUCAUUAUUCAGUAGGUGGAACCGUUUCACGAUUCAGUCCGAAUGCAAAAGUACCAUCAGAUUUACGUGGAGAUCGUUUUCGUUAUCGUUCAAUACCUAGUACAUGUUUCCAUUGUUCUUAUUGUUUUGAUCGUCUAGCAACAGUUCGAUUAAAAAUUGCUUCAUUUUCACAUACGGAACUAAAUAUUCCUAAAUUUCAAGAUCAAAAACAUAUUAUUGAUCGUUUUCGUAAUGGUAAAGAUCUUUUUGAUAGACCUGACGAACCAUUACGACGUGUUUAUAUGAAUGAAACUGAAUUACCUCAAUUACUGCAAGUUAAACGAAAACAUUUCAUGUAUAUGCUAGAUAGAUCAACAUCUAAUGCUGGCUUUCUAGAUGUUUAA